GUAUAUAUAUGUAUGACAUUUGGUCCUGUACUAAAAACAGUUCAGUCCCAACUAUCUUUAAAGGUGUUGUGUCUUUUAACAAUGAAAAUGUCAAGAGCAGCAAUCGUAUCCAUUGUCAUUCUCCUAAUUACUGGAUGUGAAGCUCAGGGUUCCAUAAAAUGUCCCACAGUUAUUGAGGAUGUUACACCUUGUGUUAGCUUCCUCAAAUCAAACACAAAGCACCCCUCCGACGAGUGUUGCCAAGGUAUCAAGUCACUGAAUGGUGAGGCUGGAAGCCACGAAAAUAGAGAAGCUAUAUGUCUGUGCCUCAAACAAGGAUUGGCAGCGAUUGGAGAUUAUGAUCCCCAACGUAUACCUCUAGUUCCCAAAGAGUGUGGACUCUCUGUUACGCUUCCUCCUAUUGACGACAAAACUGAUUGCAAAAAAGCAAUCUUUAUCAUGUGAGGUUCAUUUGGCUGCUGCUGCAAGUGCAAGAUUAUCAUAUCAAUAUAUUAUAAAGGGAGUAGAAAAAUAAAUUGAUAAUGAGCUUGUACUGAAUCAUGAAUAAAUAAAAUAUUGCUUUCUCAACUAUUCUGAAUAAGAAUGCAGCUUCCUCCA